AUGCCGCCGCGAUCGAAUGCAGCACCACAGCUGCUCCGACGGCUCCGAGCCCCCCAUCCCGCCCCUGUGAAAGCGCCUUCGCAAGCCGUCCACGCCCACCUACGAUCCGCGAGACGGAUACCGCACCCAACCUCGUCCCCCGUCCGGUGCUUCUCCUCCUCCUCCUCGUCAGACCCAGCCUUUACCACAGUCUCUCCCGAUGAGGUCUCCCACUUCAAUGCCCUCGCAUCGUCGUGGUGGGAUCCUCAGGGCCCCUCGCGCAUCCUGCAUCUCAUGAACCCUUUGCGACACGACUUCAUCCGCUCUUGUCGUUCCUCUGUGCUCGAUCCCUCACCCCCAGCCACCACCGGCCUUACGUAUCUCGAUAUCGGAUGCGGCGGCGGCAUAUUCGCUGAGUCUGCUGCCCGCCUGUCCAGCACCAAGAAUGUGACGGCCAUCGAUCCCACCCCCGAAGUGCUCUCCGUCGCCAAGGCCCAUGCCCGCCGGGAUCCAGCACUUGUGGGAAAACUCAGCUAUCUGAACACUGCCAUCGAGUCGCUGCCCAUACCGGAGAGCGCAGACGAGCAAUACGACGUCGUUUCCGUCUUCGAGGUGCUCGAGCACGUCUCGAACCCAGCAUCGUUCCUGGACAAGGUGACGCCGUUCGUGAAGCCUGGUGGCUGGCUUGUCAUGAGCACCAUUGCGCGAACCUGGAUGAGCUGGUUCACGACAAAUCUCAUGGCUGAGGAUGUACUGAGAAUUGUACCCCGAGGCACCCAUGAUUGGCAGAAAUACGUCAACGAGGAGGAAUUGAGGACUCACUUCUUGACACAAAGACAAGGCUGGGGUGAGCCCAGGUGUAUGGGUGUCAUCUAUGUCCCCGGAGUCGGGUGGAGAGAGGUCCAAGGAAGCGAGAAGGUGGGCAACUACUUUUUCGCAGUCAGGAGACUUGAAUCAUAA